AUGAACCAGUUGUGUUUGACACUAGAGUCCGGCAAGAAGUCCGGGCCCCUACGAUACUGCUCUCGCCCAGAGGCCCAAGAUGGCUCUGGAGAAAUUGUUUACAAGGCAUGCCCGUAUCCUUGUAUCCAUGCAAGAGAGCAGGCGAUUGGGUGCCAUGUUUCUUGCUUGAAUAUGCUGGACUCCGCGCCUCUACAACGGUGCCUGAGGAUCAGCAGCUAUUCCUUUGAGCCUCAACUGUGCCGAGAACGAGCUCGACGUCGUUGGCUACGAGAUGAGGUCACAUCGAAACUUGAAAAGUCUUUGCCGCUACCGCCCGAGCUGCGACGAGAGAUCAGCUAUUAUCUGCUCCAAGAAUACGCCGUCACGAGUACCAGGGCUUUCCUAAAUCGCCACAAGGUCUUCAGUAUUUCUGCAACUAGCCUCCCUCGGACCAUUGAACACCACGUCGAGUUCGAAGGACAAAUGUAUCUCAGCAAUCUGACAAUCGAUGAGGAUCGAACCAAAGCCUUGGAAGUCACCAAAGUCGUCUACGUAGCUGAAGAUCAUCGAGGAAUUCAGAAAAUAGUUGCCUAUACUCCUGGUAUAUGGUGGAAAGCAUUAGAAAUCCGGCAAGCAGGCGGCAUCGUGGAGUUUCAUAGCGAUGGCAUAAAGCUGCGCCAUCUAACGUAUAAGGACGACUCUACCACGAAGACAACUCGUAAUGCUCCCUCAUUUGCGAUUCCUCAGGAUCCCCGGAAACCCUUUCGCCUAUACCAAUUUCAUAAGGCCCAUUGCCCAGCACCACCUCGGAUCAGAAGCUUUCGGUACAAUUUCCGUGGAAUCACCGGUCUUUCAGUCUGCUGUAACCCCGAGCCCCUUGCCCUGCACGCCCACACAGCAGAUGAUGAUUUAUCUUUCUACAAGUCGUCUCCAGAUAGCUCGGUAUGGGUUCAUAUCCCUUUUGAACCGAACGAGCGUAUCGUGAGCCUUUGGAUGCGACAGGCUCGUAUAAACCAGCACUUGGCGCUUGCAUUUACGACAAAUCUGGGUCGCACACAAUUGCUGGGAGCCCAAACCACGCCUGUUCUCUCAGCUUACCCCUGGGCCCUUUUAGAUAUGCCCCAAGGGCAAUCCAGUCAUUUCUUUUUCGAUUCACAUCCCGCGGGAAUCAUCAGCCUCGGUUUCGACUCCAAAGUACCAGAGCACACCGGAGCAAGCCCGCUUGUUCUCCCAAGGCCACUAUCGCCACAUCCGAACCCGGCGUCAUUUGAGGGCUUCCUCUGGUCUCAGGCUUCUCUUGAGGAUGUCGUCGAGAUAACUGCAUGCCGUGGAGCGGCUGCGACCAGUUCAGCGAUCACAGGCCUAUCAUUCCGUUAUGCAAAUGGGUUAUCGGCAUGCGUGGGACAAGUUCGCAUGGACUGCCUUGAUCGACCUCUGUUGGUCACGUCUUCGAAAAGGCUCUAUCUACGUUUUGAGAAAACAGAAGAAAGUUAUCCAUAUGUAUCCGAGGUUUUGCAAUCUACCGAGAAUCCGCAGUCGAUCACUGGUACUGGUACAUGGUUUGAGGUUUCUUGGGCUGAUACCCUUGAGUGGUGGUACUCUUACAGACAGUGUCAGUACCUCAUGCAAUUUGCUGAACAAAUCAAAGCUAUAGACACGAUAAUCGAUACAUUCGUCCUCGCUCUGCGCACCACUGCCCCCUAG